AUGCAGUCGCUGGCCGUCGUAUUGAUCUGCGCGCUCGGAGCAAAGGCAGAGAUCCCGACCUGGGACGCCUCGUGCGUGGGCUGUCCGCUGAAAUCGCUCGCGGACCACAAGGUCGAGUCGGCGGACGGCUUCCUCGCGACGACGCUGACCGUCGACGUGAUCACUCUCAAAACCCCCAACACAACUUUCAAGACGCGCGCCUACAAUGGUACGCUCGAGCGCAUACAAAAUUUGACGGCGCAUUUCGCCAUCGACGCGACGGAUCUUGCACACAGGCGCGCUCGGCGGCCCGCGCCUCGUCCUGCAGGCGGGCGACAGAGUCGAGCUCACGCUCGUCAACAACUUGGAGGACCGCGACAACACUGGCGAGUGGAAUCAGCCGCGGAAGCCGAACACGACCAACCUGCACCUGCACGGCAUGCACGUUUCUGGUCGUCGUCGGCGCGGUCGCCGCGGCCGUCAUCGCGGUAGUCGCGCUGCUUUAGGCAUAGGUGCACACCGUAACACCACAUACAAAACCACCCUUGCAGCUCGUCCGGACCGGCCCGGACGCAUCCCGAGGUAGCAUAUUGCUUUUUGUUUUUUACGGGGGGGGCGGGGGGGGGCAACUCGCGACGCGACGUAUCAUAGAUAUGA